UUCUGCGCUGUCUGCUAAAGUACCGGGCGGGAUUUCCGCAAUACAUUCAGUAUGGCGAAGACCUACGAUUAUUUGUUUAAACUGCUGUUAAUCGGGGAUUCCGGCGUCGGGAAGACCUGUGUGCUGUUCAGAUUCUCGGAGGAUGCCUUUAACUCGACGUUUAUUUCGACGAUAGGUAUCGAUUUCAAGAUCAGGACAAUAGAACUAGAUGGCAAGAAGAUAAAGUUACAGAUAUGGGACACGGCAGGGCAAGAGCGAUUCCGAACGAUCACGACGGCAUAUUACAGAGGUGCAAUGGGUAUCAUGCUGGUUUAUGAUAUUACCAAUGAGAAAUCAUUUGACAACAUCAAAAACUGGAUCCGAAACAUAGAGGAGCAUGCAUCAGCGGAUGUAGAAAAAAUGAUUUUGGGGAACAAAUGUGACAUUAAUGAGAAGAGGCAGGUGUCUAAAGACAGGGGCGAGAAGCUGGCGUUAGAGUAUGGCAUCAAGUUUAUGGAGACGAGUGCAAAGGCUAAUAUCAACGUUGAGAAUGCAUUCUUAACGCUCGCCAGAGACAUAAAAGCAAAAAUGGACACGAAAUUGGAGGGCAACAAUCCUCAGAGCAGCAACCACGGAGUGAAAAUUACCACUGAACAGCAGAAAAAGAGCAGCUUCUUUCGCUGUGUGCUACUGUGAAGACCAAGGCCUUACUGUCCGCCGCCCGUGGGCUGGACACGACUGGACUAUGCUCUCCCUCUUAGCACUCCUCUUCCUCCUUCCUCUUUUAUCCCAUCUCUCCUUCUCUGUCGCGCUCUUCUUCCAGCCCUAGGGCCGUCGGAGUCCCUGGCUCCUCUUAUCUUCUUCCAUUGACAGAUUAGCGACGCCGAUUCCUCUAGCUUACAACCCUUCCCCGACGAAACCAUGGUGGGAAAGCAUUGGUUCUACCAGUCAAGGUGAAGAGCUGCAAGCAUCGUCACAGUCGUUCCUAAAGAAGAUCCCAUGUCUUUGCUUCAAUCGCUCGGUUCGAGUGCACAACUGCCAAAAUCGAUCCAUUCCUUCACGGCGACCUAGAAGUCGGGCCGCAGAACGUGAUCUGAUAUUGAGCCAGUCUGAGAGUUACGUGGGACUUUCUUUAUCAUUUACAUUUUAUUUUUUUGCCCCUUAUGCAUUCCUUGACAAUCACAGUAGGAAUAUUAUAACCCACCUCUUAGAUGCUUUAUCCUUUCUUUCAUUUUUUUAAUAAAACAAACAUUUUGCCGUUUCUGCCCCAGACCUGUUACGCAAAAGUGUUGCGUUCACAAUCUUGGUGCAGUCAAGGUUUCAUAUUAAACGAAUGAAGAUCCUCCUUUUUAUUCUUUAAGACAUGUUUGCUGCCUCGUUAAAACUAACCUCCCUUCUUUUUUAUUUAACAUGCACAUGAAGCUAUUUCCAAAUAGUGCAGUCUUUUAUGCAGUAGCGCUAGCUUUCGUUUUAACAUUCCUUCAACAAAAUCCAAAACUCAGGUUUUAUUAUGACCUGAAAACAUCCCAACAUGAAAGCAAGUAAUCGCGUGUAAUCGAAUGAAACUGACACGUAGCCCUCGAUAGGAUGCGGAAAUCCUGCGUUUGUAGUAUUAACAAUUAUGCGUAACCAAAAGCAAUGAAAAAGGGUGACUGUGUAACCUGAAAAGCAGAGCUAUACUUGAGAAAGCACCUCCCGUAUACAGAAGUCCAUGCACUUUAUCAGUAUCCUUUGUGUUGUGUGUAGUUUGUGCCAAGUGAUAGUUUUGCAUCAUAAAGUCAGGUGUUUUUACAUGGUUACAUGGAGUAUGACCUGCCGAAUUCAUGUUCGUUUUGAGAUUAAGGCAUUUUCAUUCCCCCAAAGGAACAAGCCAGAGCUAGUUUUAUGCAUUGGCUGCUCUUGGUUCAGUUUAAGUUUCAGAAUUAAUAGUCUUCUAUCAGUGGUUUUGUUAAUUUGUUCAUAUUUCUUAUGUAUUAUGAACGGACUGUACGUGUAGCACCUGAAUUACAGUCCUACGGCAUGUCAGUCUUAUUAUUUUGGGUUGCACAAGGUAAAAACAAACAGAUCUGGUUCAUAUGACUAGGCUUAACUACCAUGAAUACAGUAAUCCACCAUUCCUGAGUUCUGAAUAGUGUGUUGUCAUAAGCACAUGCUUAUGCUUAACGCAAGAAAUGCAAUGAGAUCCUUUAUUUUGACCAGUUGUGUAGUUUUGACUUUGCAUCGCAGUUUACUCAAAUGUACGUUUUGUAAUCAUAUUGUAAAAUAAAACAUGUCAGUUGGUGCUUUUGUGUUCACCAGCAAUAGGUCAGGAAACUUUACCACAAGAUUCAGCACCCAUUAGCUUUGAAUGAAAAAAAUCUCCAUUUAGAAACCGACAAAACGCGACAAGGUCAGAUUUCACCCCAAAACCAGUUUUUGCAUUUUGUUAUUUUUAAGAAUUAAGUUCCAUAUGCAUAAAGUACAAAUGGUUUACAUAUCAGGACAGUAUGUGUUGUGCAACCUUUAAGAAAACAUUGAAAUGCAUUUUUAUUUUUGACAUAAUGAGAAUUUGAGAUUCUGUAUAUAUGUUUUGGGGUGAAAUGUGACCUGGAUGUGUUUUUAAAGACCUAAAAAAACAAGAAGCACAGUGUUUGACUUUUUCCAGAGGUAAAAGUGCAUGAAAUUCUCUUCUUGCUGCAAUAUGGCGCAUCCUAAAAAUGGCCACUUUUCCUUUUUCCAAGCUUAAAUAUUGACUUGAAAUGACUUCCUGUUUGCACCUUGUUCUCUUUCCACCUCAAGGAGAUGCUGUUUUGGGUUUAUAUUUGCGUUAGAAGCGUAUGUCGGCGUAACGGAGGUCAUCUGUACCCAUAGCAUUUCCCUUCUCUCCCUGUCCAAUAAUGUCCCCAACUUGCCGUUUGUCUUAAUAACUAAUACUUGAUCUUUCAUUUUGGAUCUAUGCAUCAUGAAGGUGAUACUGUUGACCUCCUGUAUGUUUUGUCUGUGUGUGUGUUUAUUAUUUUCUAUUGAUGUCCUGUACAUUGAAGCGUUGGCCUAGUUGCCUGUUCUUCGCUUUAGAGGACAGUCUGCUGUUUAAAAACAUGUUAAUGGACCUCAGAUGCAACUUAAUCUGGCCUUGGUAAAAUAAAACGCAGUCAGCUGGCAAAACAUUUUUAUUGGAUUUGCAAACCAACCAAGUGGAAAAGAACAUUAGCAAACAGGUACCGCUUUCUGUCUUAACAAACGGCUUUGCAGUCAUGUCGUGUUUAUUGAGCAGCGUUACGUACGUCUGACGAUCUUGCUGUUUAGUUUGUCUUGUAUUUCUUGAUUUGAAACGACUGUCAUCCAUAUCAUUUACAGAAUCUUUUAUAUGACCAUGUUUUCAUUUGUCGAUUGUGAGGUAACUGGGGAGAUCGUAAAUUACAUUUUGGUAUAAAAAAAAAAGAAGAAACAAUUGUAAAUAACUCUAAAAAGAGAUCUACUUAAAUUGUACUGUACUUUCUAAAAAAACAUUGAAAAACUGAUCUACAGUUUUUGUAGAUAUCUGUACUUUUGAUUUAUUAAAAUAAGAUUCUUUUAA